AUGCACAUAGCUAAAGAAAGGCGUGUGCAAAGCGAGAAAUUUGCACCAAGAGCACAUCGCGGAAAACUCAUAGGUUUUGAUGGAGAUUCCAUCUAUUUCAUGCGGCUUGACAAUUCCACCGUUGUACGCAGCGCAAGCGUUGAAUUUGUUAAGCUAGGAGUAGAGGUGCUGCCGCCACUCAAUAGCAUAAUGGAGCCUACUCCCGAUGCAACGGAACCCGUUUCUGAUGACGAUUCGGGGGGUGCAGAAAUGCCAACAGUACAAGCACCGAUAGCACGAGCAGUAGAUUCGGGGGGUGCAGCGGCAUCACCGUAUGCUCCCCCUAUACCUGUUACAGAGCCAGAGGCAUCUGAUACAGAGCCGGAGGAAGAUGAGAUUGUACUACCACAAUUAGGUGGAACUGGGCAUAACCCAACGGAAAUUAAGGAAGACGAUAUACAAGCCGAGCUACGAGCUCAAAUUCAGCCGGCCAUCGAAACUCAACCUACCCAGGAAUCACAGCCUACAGAACGGCCUACUGCCACUAUUAAACAAAAACGGGAUAUAGAUGACACUGCCCUAAAGCACGGAGCUAUUGCUGCAGAUGUCAAUCAAGCCUAUUAA